CUACCCUGCCAUGCCAACUCCCGCCAUAUGGCACGCUCUCUGCCCAUCUAGUCCCUAGAACCAUUCUGGAAAGAAGCUGAUUGGGUGGUUAGAGGGACUAGGUGGGUAACGUGCCGUGCCUUCCACACCGCACGCUGCGGAUCAGCCGUCACUCGCCUCUCGCCUGCUGCGUGUUGCAUUUCUUGGGCCUGUAGAAUUGCUACAGAUCCCCUGAUUAGUCACCCAGCGACAGAGAGCGGGUACUCUAAGCGGCGCCAGCACUGGCAGAUUCUAGCAUCUGAUCGCGUCUUUGAACGCUCUCUCUCUUCUACGGAACCAAAUUAACGAUUCCCAGUUUCGAAUUACGCUCUCCUUCGCUUUCUUGGUAACAAGGUUUCCCGGUUUCAACAUUUCCAGGCUGCCAGCAGUCUACCACCAUGACCCCGACCGCCACCGUCGCCGCCAGUUCCGCCGCCACUCCCGCAGCUUCCUUCUCUCCCACCGCCUCCACGUCAGCUGCAGCUAGCAACCAAUCAUCUGCCGCGAUUUUUCAAUCAAACUCGCCUGUGGCCUCGCAGGGGGCGGAACGCGAAGGCAGGGCUGGCGACGUCGCAGGCUGUGCGUGCGACGUCGCACGGAGCGACGACGUCACUGCUGCACGGGGAUUGCCGCUGCCAGUGCCCGGAUCCGCCUGCAUAAAUUCUGGCACUGCUGCUACCGGUGCCGGUGCCCUGGGUGCUGACGCCAUUAGGUCAAACCCUAACGCCUCGGCGGUACACUUGCCGGCCGCGGCAGGCGCACUACUACCGGUUUCCAGUGGCGGAGUUGGCACGGGGGCAAGCAGCAGCAGCGAUGGGAGAAGUGCGAGGAGCGCAGGGAGUGCAAGGAAGCCCGAGGGCGAUCUAGGGUUGCGGGAGAAGGCGCUGGCGGCGGGCGCAGCAGCCGUCUUGUCGGCCGUUAUCAUGAACCCGCUGGACGUUGUUAAGACGCGGCUGCAGGCGCAAACAGCAACUGCUUCCUCGCACGCCCCACCUCCUCCUCCCCUCUCAUCCUCUCCUACCGUUUCAAUCACAUCCCGCGCGCUCGCCUCUACAGUCACAUCUGCUUCAGCCUCUGCUACUACAGCUUCUGCUUCAGCCACGGCCUGCUGCCGCCCUGCCGCCUUCUGCUCGCGCCACCCAGCCUUUCACCCGGCUGUAGCCGCUACAGCCGCCUCUGCCCCAUCUGCUGCCGCCUUCUGCUCCCACCACCGCGCCCUCUUCCCCUCUGCUGCCUUCCCGGCUGUAGCGGCUACAGGCGCUUCCGUUCCCCCUGCCGCCGCUGCGCUGCUGGCGCGAGGGGGGCAGAUGCAUGGGCAUGGGGAUGUGCGGCGGGCAGCCAUGUCCGUCUGCUGUGAUGCCAUGGGGGUGUAUGGGCAAGGGGGAGCGGUUGGGAGUAGCAACCAUGGGUAUACACAUGGGCAUACACAUGGGCAUGCACAUGGGCAUGGGAAAGGGAAUGUGGCCCAUUUAUUGGAGCAUCAUCACCACCACCCCCAUCCCCAGCACCACCCGUACCGCAACACAUGGGACGUGUUCACCCGCAUAGUGCGCGAAGAGGGCGCCCUGCGCCUCUGGCGCGGCACGGGCGCGUCUCUCCUCAUGGCCGUCCCGACAGUUGGGAUCUACCUGCCAGUCUAUGACACGCUCAAGCUCGAGCUUGCGACCGUCACGAUCAACGGCCGAGAUCGUCUCGUCCUGGAGGCGUACGCGCCGCUGAUUGCGGGGUCGGUGGCGCGUGCGCUGGCGUGUGUGAGCUGCGCGCCGCUGGAGCUGGCGAGAACACGCAUGCAGGCACAGAGAACCGUAGGGCCGCUUGGGUCGGUAGGGUUGGGGGUGGGAGCGAGAGGAGGAGUGGGAGGGGGAGUGGGAGGGUCGAGGCCAGGCACGCUCGCCACCCUGCGGACGAUUCUGCAGCCGCACUCACACUCGGGCGCGCAGGGGCUGCGAGCUCUGUGGACAGGUGUCGACGCGCAAUUGGCCCGCGAUGUGCCGUUCUCAGCCAUCUGCUGGGGCCUGCUGGAACCCACCCGGCGAUACCUGCUCAGCCGCUAUGCUGACCGGUGGGAAGAGAAACAGCUGCGGAUUGAGGGUGGCUAUGGUGCUGGUGCGAGUGCUGGUGCUUAUGUACCUGCUCUUACCGGUGCAGCAGAUGAGGCUCGUCAGCUGCCGCUGCUGCAGGUGGUGGGGGCGAAUUUCGGUGCGGCGAUGGUGGCAGGGAGUGUGGCAGCAGCAGCGACACACCCGCUGGAUGUGGCCAAGACCAGGAGGCAGAUCCAAGUGACGGGCGCUCAGCUGAACACCGCACAGACACUGCAAAAUCUGUGGAGGGAGGGAGGGAUGCGAGCAUUGUUUGCUGGAGCAGGCCCACGGAUACUGAGGGCUGGCCCUUCUUGUGGCAUAGUAGUGACCUUUUAUGAGGUGAUGAAGCAUUUGCUUAAUUAGAGGGAAUGGUAAUUCAUUGACGUGUCCCCAUUUUUGCUCAUCUUCGAUUGCAAGUCGUACAUGAUUCAUUGAACGUGUGGCGCAUUGAAGUGUAGUGCAUUGGUGUUUGGGGUAGAGCAUCAGUUCGUUACUGUACCUUGUCAUUAUGCAAGUUUUCGGAGGUUUUUUCUGGACCCCC